AUGGCAGGCAGGCUGAGGGGAGAGGAGGGCGAGCAUGGCGAGAGCGCCGCCAUGCUCUCUGAAACUGAGCCAAGAAGGAAUCCAGUGAACCUAGCUAGACCAGAGCUCUCCUUUGUUGAAGGCUGUGUACCUCGAGGAGUGAAGCAAAGGUGCGAAAACGUGGAGGGCGGACAAAAAUUGCCAUCGCAAGGGAGGAGUGAGAGCACGAGGGGGAGGCUGAAGAAGAUCCCUCGCGGAGCAUCCCUGCAUGGUCUCUUUGUGCUCUUUGUCUCUGUUUGCACCUGGAACUCCUUCGCAUCAGGUUUAUACAGAGAUGGGUAUGAGGUGGUGGAAACCGGACCUGGAGGCUUCUUCGGCGCGUUCCUUGACAAUGACUCAGGAACAGCAUGGUUCGGCAUCGACGACAGCCCUGCACGACUGAUCAGAGUGGAUCUGAACACCAUGACUGUCACAGGGAAGCUGGAGCUCCGCAAAGACGAGCAGCGGCUGUGGUGCAUGGUGAAACAUGGAAACUUUGGUUACAUUGGGGUAGAGUCGCCAGGAGGGAGGCUGGUUGGAGUGGACCUGGACAAGAUGGAGCGUCUAGGAUAUGCAACGGCGUCCAACUUUCCCCUGCUCGCUGGAAGAGUUGUCGGCAACUACGGUUACUUCUCUGCCGGAUCGAACCCCGCCACGGUCAUGCGCCUGCAUCUGCUGCAGAUGCAGCAAGGGAAGUGCCAGGACUGGGAUCAGUGCAGGUUCGAAGUUGCUCUGCAGCAAGGAGAGGAAGCAGUGCGCUCGAUCUUCCCGGAUGCGAACGAGCAGCACAUUUUCCUGGCCCUCUACACCUCCCCUGGUAGGAUCGUCAAGCUGGCGAUUCCGAGCUUGACCCGAGUGGCGCAUCUGGAUCUUGCUCCUGGAGAGGACAAGAUCCUCAGCGGAGUCCGGUACGGUGACUAUGGCAUCUUCGGUACUGCCACGUCACCUGGUCGGCUGUUGAAGAUUCACCUCCCCAGCAUGACGAAGACAGCCUCGCUGACGCUGGUGGACGGGGAGGACAGGCCGGCUACCAUCAUCGUCAAGGGGAGGCAUGCCUUCAUCGGGUUCGGCUCUGCCUGGGCUGAAGGGACUUCCUCCGUGCUCAAGGUGGACCUGGAGAGGAUGGUGCGCGUUAGCGCCAUCAUCACCAAGGAGGGUCAGACUUGGCUCUACACGGGUCUCGGGUACGGCAAGUACGCCUUCUUCGGUACCCGGGGCACCGCCACCUCCAAGCAUGCUACCAUCCUGCGGGUCAACACGAACCCCACCUUCCCCGGCAUCCCCAUCCCCCCCGUCUUCAACCGCAGCGGCUCCGACUACAUCGAGCUCAACUGGCUCAGGGAGUACCCCGAGUACCACAACGGCGGCGCUCCCAUCAUUGGCGCUCGCGUUCUCCUGCGGCCUUCGAACCAUCACGACUGGACGAGCGAGCAUGUGUACGGCUAUGCUGCUCCUGACCCCGCAGCUCCCAAGAACAGGAUUUCGCGUGUCCAUGAGGAGCCGGUGGACCUCGAAGCGCACGGGUAUGUGGCGCGGGUGGAUCAGUUGGACGCAGAGAGCGGCUACAAGUUCGCCGUCAUCCUGACCAACGAAGUGGGUCCGAGCCAUAGGAGCAGGAGCUCGCUCGAGAUGAGAACUGCCGUCUCCUAUGUGGUGGAGCUCUGCUGGGUCGGCUUCGUCCUGCUCGUCUGCGCCAUCCUCGGCGCCAUCUACUACUUCGGGGUGAGCCUUGCUCCCCGGUUGGACGCGCUGUAUUGGGACAACGAGAGCGAGGAGGAAGCAGGGAGCUCCCUGCUGAGGAGCGGGAAGGUCUUCAUCUCCUCUACCAUCCCACUGACUGGCUCCUCUGCUGGGGUCGACCUGCCGGAGGAAGGGAGGAAGGGACUGAGAGCCGUGGCGGGCAAGGUCGCCAACUCCUUCUCCUCGUGGAUCAGUCAGCCCAACGCCGUCCGGAAGCUGCUCGGGGGGGUGACCCUCUUCUCCGUCCUCGGAUCUUCUUCGGUCGCCCUCCAGUACCUUCUCAUCGUCUUCGUCCACCAGCAGCAGCCGUGGCUCGAGAAGCCCUCCCGCUACCUCUACAGCAUCGUCACCGUCGUCUGUAGCGGCGCCCUUGCAUGGGCCAUGGCCUCUGCCUUUGCGGCUCUUCAGGCCAGAGAGUACGACCAUGCGCGAAGAGUUGCCGUCGCGUCGCUUCUCGUUGCAUGGGCGACCAUGAUCUCUUCCAUCACCGUGAUCAUUGCAUGGACCUCUUCUCAUCUCUCCCCUGAUACGGCGGCCAUCACUGCAUGGGCCUCAUCUUUCUGCCUUGUCUUCGGCCUGCUGGGGGUCGUCGUGGAGACCGUCAUCUCUAUCCUAAGGACCCAUGGACAGCCCGCGCAGACCGUCACUCUCCCGGAGCUGGGACUCUCCGACUGGUUGACAGAGCGACUUUAG